GUGUGAAAGGAACAAGAGAGCUCCAGCAACCGGCGGUCGACGGAAAAAGAGCUAGAAAGAGGGAAACGACCCGGACCGUGAGGAUUUUUAUUGCUGACCCUCGAGCCACUGGGCGCGCGCCUCCUGCCUUGUGUACGUGAUCUCGUGGAUUAAAUGAGUUUGAACUCGCGAUGAGGAGUGAGCCCAUUCUAUUCGCUUGCAGCAGGGCAAUGGAGGAGCUAGUGACCGAGCUUCGCCUGUUCCUGGACUUGCUGGACAGAGAGUAUCUGAGUGCUGGAGUCCGAGAGAAGAAGGUCCACCUCUCCCACAUCCUGCACCGUGUGCUUUCAGACAAAGAACCUUCAUUUAAAUCUGACAUCCACAGUGGUUUGCCAGCCCCACCUCAGAUGCCCCUGCCAGAGAUUCCUCAGCCAUGGCUGGCUCCAAACAGCGACCCUCCUCCUCUGCCCAGCUCCUCUCUUCCAGAAGGUUACUAUGAGGAAGCAGUUCCCUUAAGUCCUGGAAAGGCUCCUGAGUACAUUACCUCUAACUAUGAUUCAGAUGCCAUGAGCAGUUCCUACGAAUCAUACGAUGAAGAAGAGGAAGAUGGGAAGAGUCAGAAGAUGCGUCACCAAUGGCCAUCUGAAGAGGCAUCCAUGGACCUUGUGAAAGAUGCCCGUAUCUGUGCUUUUCUGUUGCGCAAGAAACGCUUCGGCCAAUGGACUAAACUUCUGUGUGUCAUCAAAGACAACAAACUAUUGUGCUACAAAUCUUCUAAAGACCAGACCCCACAGAUGGAGCUCACUCUGUCAGGAUGCAGCAUCAUGCACAUCCCCAAAGAUGGCAGGAAGAAGAAGCAUGAACUGAAGAUUGUCCACCAAGGAGCAGAUGCCCUGGUGCUGGCAGUGCAGAGCAAAGAACAGGCUGAGGAGUGGCUCAAGGUGAUGAGGGAGGUGUGUGUGAAUGGAAGUGCAGACCUCGAUGGAGCUGCAUCUGGAUUACCUGUCCUCAAAGCAGAACUGGAGAAGAGAACAUCUGACCGGCCUAGCUCAGAUGGUGAAGCAACCCAUGAGAAUGGACACAGUGAUGGCAAAGACCAAGGAAAAGCAAAGAAAAACUCCAAAUCAGAGCAGAAAACUGGGACUGUUGGAAAGGGAGCCAGCAAGAAGAUCACCAAGAUCAUCAGCCUGGGGAAGAAGAAGCCAUCCACAGAUGAACAGACUUCAUCUGCAGAGGAAGAUGUUCCCACCUGUGGCUAUCUGAACGUGCUGUCCAAUAACCGUUGGCGUGAGCGCUGGUGCCGCCUGAAAGACAACCAGCUACUCCUCCACAAAGACCGUGACGACCUGAAGAGCCACAUCGCCUCACUGCCCCUUCGAGGCUGCGAAGUCAACCCCGGCCUCGACCACAAACACCCUUUCGCUUUCCGCCUCCUUCGUAAUGGCCAGGAGGUGGCGGUGCUGGAGGCCUCCUCCUCUGAGAUGAUGGGGCGUUGGUUGGGGGUGUUAUUGGCCGAGACUGGCUCUACCACUGACCCAGCCACCCUGCACUAUGACUACAUUGAUGUGGAGACCACCGCCAAUGUCAUUCAACUAGCCAAGCAGUCCUUUUGUUUCACUAGUAAACGUGCCAUCUCUCCCAAUCCAUACCUUGACAGCCAAGUCAAUGGUUAUGCCUGUCCUUCUGGUAUGGCUCUACACUAUGAUGAUGUGCCUAUAAAUGGAAUGUUCAAGGGAAAGAAGGGAGCCAGUAUCAAUGGAGUGGCUUCCAAACAGAAGGCUGAGCCAAAGAGUCAGGCCAAGAAGAAUGGAGUCAGUGGGUUGGCAUCUGUGAAACGCAACAACUCCAAUGCAGAGCAGUGCAAGUACGGCAAGAACCGUGUUGAGGCAGAUGCCAAGCGGCUGCAGGCCAAAGAGGAGGAGCUGAUGAAAAAGAAACAGGAGAUCAGGAACCAUCUGAACCAGUUGAAGAAGGAGAGAAGAGACCUGCGCACUGCCGUGGAGGGAGCUGCAGGCAAACGUUUACAUGCAUCUCUGCUGGAGCGCUUGAAGAAGGUGGAAGACGAGUGCAAGCUGAAGGAGGAAGAGAGAGUGAACCUGGAGCUGGAGGCAACAGAGGUCAAGGAGAGUCUGAAGAAAGCUCUGAGCGGAGGAGUGACCCUGGGCCUCACCAUUGAACCCAAAGCUGCCUCCUCAGACCUGCAGUCUCCAGCCAUGCUGCGGAGAACACAGGAGUCUUCUCACUUCUCCAGCUGUGACACCAGCGACACAGAGUCCUGUACACUGCCAGUCAACAGCGCAUCGCUACUGCGCCGGCAGCAGAGUAGCCAGAAGCCAUCAACGGUCAGAGGACAUGUGCUGAGGAAGGCCAAGGAAUGGGAGCAGAAGAGCGGCUCAUAAACCUCUGAAGUCUUCA